AUGACAAGUACUAUCACGACCACUGAGACUCUGCAGGAUGCAGUACCAUUCGUGGCACCACCAAGCCCACCUGAAGACACAAGCAACAAGGAAUUGCCAGAGAAGCCUUACUACGAUGUUGAAUUCAACUACCGUCUUGACCCACGUGAUGGAGGCGACGAAGUCAUUUGGGGCGGUACUGUUGGUUUGAUGCGCAGGAAGUAUGAGACCCGGACGGUACGAAUCAACAAUGAACGUGGUAAUGAACACAACUUCAACCUCGACACUCAUGGCUUUGCUUGGGUCAAGCACAAAACCUCCGUGACUGAAUUUGCGGACUACUUGGCAAUUCGUCAGGGACCGUACUUUGGCGAAGUUGCUGAGAUGUUGAAGAGGGUCACUGGAGCGACUAAGGUUCAUGUGAUCGGACAUCUCCAUCGUUCGUUGAAUUACAACGAUACGACUGAGGAGGAGAAGAAUGCCCCAGACAUGACAAUGACCAAGGGGCAGACUCCAGGACGUUUCGUGCACGUCGAUCAAUCCUACCAAGGCGCAGUUCGUAGACUCUACCUGGAUCUUCCCCAAGAAGAGGCCCGCAGGCUGGAGAAAACCAGAUGGGCCAUCAUCAACGUCUGGCGUCCCGUUCGGAAAGUCACCAAUGAGCCGCUAGCAGUCUGCGAUGCUCGAUCAGUCCGAGAGGACGAGUUGUUCAACACUCUGCAUCUUGUACCAAUGAGAUGGCCGGACGCCGCACCUCAGGAGAACCAGAUGUGGGCUGUUGCUCCUCCCAAGACUCCAACACAGCACAAGUGGCAUUAUGUAUCUGGUAUGACGGAGGAUGAGGCGUUGUUGAUCAAGAUGUUUGAUUCUAAGAAGGAUGGCACUGCAAGACGUGUUCCACAUUCUUCUUUCCCUACUCCAGAUGAUUUCGGAGAGCCGAGAGCGAGUACUGAAACGAGAUGCUUUGUGUUCUGGGAAGAUCAGGAGGCUGAGUAG